AUGGCAGAUCGAACGAAAAAUAAAAGGACCCGAGAUGACCCGCCGUCAUCAUUUCCACCCGAUAUUGUUUGCACAUCCAAGGGAGCUCACGGAAGAAAUGCCAUUGAAUUGGGAGCCCUAUUUAGUCUUGCAGCGGUUGGUCUGUAUUUCUUUGCCGUCAUUGAAUCCGCCAUGAAUCUACCCGAAUUGCCCACCAAACGGGACCCAGGAAAUCUCUUUGGCAAUUUGAACAUGGCCAAACUGGUCGCUUCUUCUCAUGCUUCGGCUUCCGCGCAUUAUGGUGGCGGUGGUGGCGGUAGCCGUUCCCUUCAAUCGGCAUCAGCAGCAGCCGUAGGAAGUAACACGGCACCCUCCGCAACUUGGCCCGUUCAUUUCAAGGACGAAAUCAACAAUGUGGAAACCAUCAUUCAUCCCGGCGAUUUGGUCACCAAAAUGACUGUCCCCAAGUUUUGGUCACCUCCACUACACAACCGUGAAUUGUAUACCAGAGAACAGGCCAUGUCUGUAGGAACAUGUGUAGAAGCAGAUGAGGAUGGAAAUCAUGUGAGAGGAGAUGCUUGUCCAGUGCACAAACGAACCAUCUUUAUUGCAAUUGCCUCCUAUCGAGAUUUUCAAUGUCGCAAGACGGUCGAGUCGGCAUUUUCCAGAGCUCGGAAUCCUGAUCGUCUUCGAGUUGGUGUCGUCGAUCAAAUUGUCAAUGGCGAAGAUGUACUGUGCAAUGAGCCAAUUGAACCGUGCAGCGACAAUCCCAACCAAGCCUUGUGCAAGUACCAGGAUCAAAUUGAUGUCUACGAAAUGCCCGCCGAACUGUCGGUAGGACCCGUCGUGGCCCGUCACAUUGGCGAUCGAUUGUACCGAGGAGAAUAUUAUGCCACCCAAUCGGAUGCCCAUGUGACCUUUACCCAAGAUUGGGACGCGGACAUUAUUUCCCAAAUGGAGGCCACCCACAAUGAAAUGGCCGUGCUGACGACCUAUCUAACCGAUGUCCAAGGAUCCAUUGGUCCGAAUGGAAAUAGCUUGAGAAAAACGCGGCCCAUCAUGUGCAAUACCUACUAUGAAGGAGGUCCACAGGGGUUGCAUCUGCGACAUGGAUCCCAACCGGAACGCUUUCCCAGUAUUCAUGGAUCUCCUCAAUUGGCACCCUGGUGGGCCGCUGGUUAUUCCUUUUCGAGGGGUCACUUUAUAGUCAAUGUACCAUACGAUCUAUACCAGCCCAUGAUUUUCCAAGGAGAAGAAAUGAGUAUUGGGAUCCGUGGAUGGACGGUGGGAUAUGAUUUUUAUGCACCAGAACGAUCAGUUUGCUUCCAUCACUACGCCGUAGGAAAGAAUGCCAAGAUCCGAAACAAGGUACACCACUUUUGGGACAAUAGUGAUCGGUAUGCAGGUACUGGAAGAAAGGCCAUGGCCCGAUUGUUGGGAAUUGUCCAUAUGAAUCCCGAAGUCGAUCCCUCCAAAUGGGACCACACGGAAGAAGACAUUUAUGGUCUUGGAGCAGUCCGGACACCGGAAAAGUUUUACACGCUCUUUGGCAUUGACGUCGUGAAAAAGACGACCCAAGGUCAUUUGUGCAUGUUGGUGGACGAAGGAGAAGGCAAGAUGCACAAAAUGUUCACCCCCAAGUUGCGCGCGGAUGGAAUGGGAAUCGACUACAAUGAAAUCAACUAUCGUUGGAAGGAUCCACGGCCGGAUCUGAAACAACCAAGGCCUUAA